CGGGGCUUUCCGGCUGACUGAUAGACGGUAUGCGAUCAGGCGAUCAUAACAGUCUAACUAACCAGAUAGAUUGGAUACAAUCAACGGUUGACUCGAUGGAGAAAUACAUGGAACAGAAAUGCAUGGAGCAAAUCCCGGAUUUCAGCUGACACUGAAGUGAAUACCACUGUGUGCAGUGUGCUUUUGAGGGUACGCGGUGACAUUCUACAAUCGGGUUGAUCGACUACAACAGCAGCUGUUGUGCUGUCUUGUUCAUUGCGUAGAGGUGGAUCAAGUUCAAGGAGUUCAAAGGGAGGUGACAGUGAGCCUGAAAUAUCAUCAUCUAUGAUCCACUGAGGGGCAUCAUGUCUGGAGCACUGAGAAUGGAUGAAGCUCAGUACAGCAUGAAAAUGAUUGAAAAUGAGCUGAUGAUGAAUUUGUCCUAUGAGUUCAUGCCCCCUGUGGAUGUCAAGAUCGAGCCCUAUGUACCGGAGACCGCUCAUGGACCCUACAUUCAGAUCAUCGAGGAGCCCAAACAGAGAGGCUUCAGAUUCCGCUAUGAGUGUGAGGGUCCGUCCCACGGUGGGCUCCCAGGGGCCUCAAGCGAGAGGAACAGGAGGACCUAUCCAACUGUCAAGGUGUCUAACUAUGUGGGGAUUGCCAGGGUGGAGGUGCAGCUAGUGACCCACUCAGACCCCCCCCAGGUCCACGCUCACAGUCUGGUGGGGAGGCAGUGCUGCACGGAGAGUGGCAUAUGCAGUAUGGAUGUGGGCCCAAACGACCUCACAGCACAGUUCAGUAACCUGGGCAUCCUUCAUGUCACUAAGAGAGGGGUGGGGGAAGUGUUGUGCAAGAGACUAAGAGAUGAGAAGAGGAGGCAAGGGGGGCAGCACUAUCAUUUUACUGAUGCAGAGGAACAAGCCAUAGGGAGAGAAGCCAAGGAGCUUGGGAAGAUCAUGGACCUGAACAUAGUGAGGUUAAAGUUCACGGCCUACCUCCAGGACAGUAACGGCGGGUUCUCUAGGGCCCUGAAGCCGGUGGUCUCCAACCCCAUCUAUGACAGCAAGUCACCCAAUGCCUCGAACCUGAAGAUCUCCCGUAUGGAUAAGACCAGUGGGUCUGUGCUGGGAGGAGAUGAGAUCUUCCUACUGUGUGACAAAGUACAGAAAGAUGACAUUGAGAUCCGUUUUUAUGAAGAGGAUGAUGGAAGCUGGGAGGCCUUUGGUGAUUUCUCUCCAACUGAUGUCCACAAGCAGUACGCCAUUGUGUUUAAGACCCCGCCGUACCACAGCGCCGAGAUCGAGCGUCAAGUCACUGUAUUCCUCCAGUUGAAAAGGAAGAAAGGCGGCGACUGCAGCGACCCCAAGCAGUUUACCUACGUUCCCCGAGUUCAAGAUAAAGAGGAGGUGCAGCGUAAAAAGCAGAAGUCCUUCUCCUAUAAUGACCAAUGGAGAGGAGCUGGGGGUGCAGGGAGAGGGGCCGGAGGAUUCGGAGGCGGAGCAGGUGGUGGUAGCGGCUUCCAGUUUAACCAGCAGAUGAAUGGAACGGGGUGGAUGGGGGGUGGAUUCUCUGGUUUUGGGGGCGGUGGAGCCCAGAUGUCAGGCACCACUGCCCAGGCUGAGGGGACCCAGCAGCAACAGGCAGGAGGGAUGGCCGGACAGACGCCAGGACAGACAUCCUCACCACUACAACAGCAGCUCUUCCAGAUUGCUGCCACUCUCCAGAGCAGGGCCACUCAGAUGAGCAAGAAGACAGCUGGGGCUCUACUACAGUACUGCACCACUGGGGACGUCCGGGUCCUUCUGGCAAUGCAGAGACACCUAUGUGGGGUCCAGGAUAAAAACGGAGACACGCCUUUGCACCUGGCCAUCAUUCACCAGCAGUCAGCUGUGACCCAGCAGCUGGUUCAUACACUCCUCACCAUCCAGCAACACAAAGUCCUCAACAAGCUCAACCACCUCGGCCAGACUCCUCUUCAUCUGGCGGUGAUCACCAGGCAGGUUAAGGUGGUGGAUGUUCUCCUCCGGGCCGGAGCAGACCCCACCCUGCUGGACCGGGACGGCCGGACCGCCCUGCACCUGGCAGCGCUGGCCGGGGACGACGUCACACUCCGGGUCCUGCUGGGCCACCUAGGAGAACGCUACCUCCACCUGGUCAACAUGGCCGACUAUCAUGGUCUCCAUCCUCUCCACCUGGCUGUUUGUAAGGGAGGAGAGCGCUGUCUGCGUCUGCUGGUGGAGGGCGGGGCUAAGAUCAACGCCCCGGAGCAGAAGAGUGGAUGCUCCGCCCUCCACCUGGCUGUUAGAGAGAACUACUUCAAAGUGGCCUGCACUCUCAUCACAGAGCUGAAAGCAGAUGUAAACAUGUGUACGUUUGGAGGGAACACUCCUCUCCAUCUGGCCGCCAGUCGCAGCUCCCCCCCCCUCUGCUCCAUGCUCAUUGCUGCAGGAGCCGACAAGAAUCUGGAGAACGACGAGCCGCUCUUCUUCAGCUCCUCCUCGUCAGAUGAGGAGCAAGAGGAUGGACCAGUAAGAGAUUUCAGAGAGCCGGCGAUCCAACCGCUACCGAACACAACACCACUUUCAGAGGGAGAUCAAGUCAACCCUCGUAAGAGGUCAGCAACAGGACAUACACCCUUUGACCUGGCUAAAUGUCAUAAGGUGAGAAACCUUCUAGACACCAGACAGAGUCCCAAGCCCAGUCAACAAUCAAGUAAAAAGCCUAAACCGAGCAGCAUGGAAGAAAGAGGGCAGCUAGACAGUGAGACGCUAAGUAAGCUGUGUGAGCUCCUCAGUCUGAACGAUGUGCCCUGGAGACAGCUGGCAGAGAAACUCAACAUGCUCUCACUGGCACACCUAUAUCAGGAGAGUCCCUUGCCCUGUCACAACUUGCUGGAGAAUUACCAGUUGGGUGGCGGUCCAGUGGAAGGCCUGGUGGAAGCUCUACAGUCUCUGGGUCUGACUGAAGGAGUGAGACUGCUGAGACAGGCUGAGCUGAGAGAGGACAAACAGAACACAGAUCAGACAGUGGACAGUGGCUUUGCUAGUCAGCCAAUGGAGGAGGAGAUGGAGGAGCCAGCCGUGGCCAACCAGUGAGCAGCAGGAAGGGUGAGGGAUAAGACCCUCGUGUGAGGGAGGUUUCACCCCAACGUUUCAUCAUGGAGAUAUGACUAACUGUUCAGCACGCACAUUGGGAAUCUGAUGUCAUACCCAAGCCUCUACUGAUAAAUGCAGAAUUCUCUCUCUGCCAUGACUGACAGUCAACCAGUUUGAAUUUUCCUAACGAGCUGAAGGGAAGAAAAUCUCAAUGUACAAUUUUAAGUGGCGUUAUCUUGUUCCGUUAUUUUUGAUGGUGACUGAAAGUUAAAAAAAAAAAUGUAUGGUCCAUUUGUGCCUUUCAAAAAGUCCCAGUAUAAAUGAAAAUUCUUAAAUGUGCAACAUCAAAUUGAUCAAUGGAAUUAUCAAUUUAACUCAUAUUUAUUGGCUGACAAUAUUACUAAUACUGUGUAUUCAUUUGGUUUAACAUUCAACCAAAUAUAAUUAUACAGCCUUAUUUCAAAUGUAUGUGGAAGGUUUGCUAUAUAAUGUUUUGAAAACUUGUCAAUGUUGAAUCAAAUGCAUUUUUUUUUCCUGACAAAUGGAUCUUUUCAAAAUGUUUAUUUUUGUCAUCUGCCCCAAACAUACAAACCAUUUUAGUAUAUUUCACAGAGCGCAAAAUCUUAAUGUGUUAUUGACAAUAUGUACAGCUAAUGGGAAAUGAAAGAAAUAAGUUGCAUUCAGAUGCAGCGUCUAUGGGGUCCAGUAAAAACCUCUACAUGAA